AUGUCAUGUCAUGACCAGUUUUCCCUCUCAGUACUCCAAAUCCAAAUGCAAUUGUCCGUCCGUGUCAACCUUGAGAGUUUGGUUAUCGAUAUCGAUAAGAAGGAACAAGGUGUGUAA